AUGUUCGUCGAGUCCCUGGACGCCAUCAUGGAAGACCUGGCGAAGAGCUCCAUCGACGUUGCUAUGAUCAAGAGCGUCAGUGGAAGUGCUCAGCAACACGCUUCCGUAUACUGGGACAAGGGCUUCUCGCUUCGUGCCUGCUUAGACGCCGCCGCGGAGUCUGGCGCCGUUUCCAUGGUGGAGGCCAUGCAGAAACAGCAAGAGCCUGCGUUCUGCCUGCCCAACGGACCUAGCUGGAUGGACAGUUCUACGACGCGCUACUGCACUGAGUUGGAGAAUGUUGUAGGUGGACCUGGCCGCGUCGCUGAGAUCAGUGGGUCCCGAGCGUACGAGCGCUUCACGGGCAAUCAAAUCGCCAAGCGGAUCCACGAGGAUCCUGCAUUUCUGGAGAAAUGUGGACGUAUCGCUCUAGUCUCGUCGAUGCUGACGUCGCUCCUGUGCGGUGAAUACGCUCCAAUUGAUGACAGCGACGGAUCGGGCAUGAACCUGCUUGACGUACGCGAACGUGUGUGGUCCCCUGAGCUCGUGAAGGCCACUACGAAGUACAGUACUUCUGCUAAUGCUGCGGAGAAGUUAGUGGCGGCCUUGGGUCCGCAGGUUUCGCGAGCGUACUCGUCAGUGGGCUCUAUUCAUGUCUACUUCCAGAAGAAAUACGGCUUUAUUGCUGAUUGCAAGGUGAUCGCGUUCUCCGGUGACAACCCGUGCACCCUCGCAGGUAUUGGUCUAUCUCAGCCCGGUGACGUGGGUGUCUCGCUGGGUACAUCCAGCACGCUGUUUGCGGUGGUGCCGACGGAAGCCGCGCGCUUCUCUGGCAAAGAGGGGCACUUCUUCUGCAACCCCAUUGACCCGAACUCGGUUAUGGCUAUGAUCUGCUUCAAGAACGGCUCACUCACGCGAGAGGAUGUGCGAGAUCGACGCGCGAAUGAGUCGUGGGAGAUGUUCGAGCAGCUAAUGCAAGCUACGAAGGCGGGCAACGGAGGCACCACAGCGUUUUACUAUCAGGAUCCGGAGAUCACUCCAUCCACUCUUAGGGCUGGAGUUGUUGGUUUCAAUGCCAGCGGUGCUAGCAUUGACAUCUCGCACUCCCCUCCUGAAGUGGAAGUGCGUGCAGUGGUGGAGAGCCAAUUUCUGUCGCUGCGUUUGCAUGCGGAGAAACUUGGCGUCAACAAGCCGCAGCGUCUUAUGGUGGUCGGAGGAGCCUCUGCGAACAAGUGUAUGUUGCAGGUUCUCGCCAACGUGUUCAAUGUGCCGGUGUAUCGCCUCACCUGUGCCUCCAACUCGGCUGCUUUGGGUGGUGCUUUCCGUGCCCGCCAUGGAUACGCCUGCGCUGAUAGUGCAUCUGGAUACGUGCCAUUUGACGUAAGCAGCAGCCUGGACUUCUCGCUAAGCGCCACGCCUGUCGACGAAGACGCCAAGACGUACACGAACGAGAUGCUGCGCUUCGAAUCCCUCGAGAACCAGGCCGUCAACAUGCUCAGCUAACCCAGCCAUGGUCUCCAGCGAAUUUUUCUUUACGUCCUCGUGCAGUCGAAUGGCAAGUUGCAAACGUAAUGAACAACAUCCUUGUCAAAUGAUCUCAAUUCCCA